AUGGCAACAGCAUCUGAACUCUCGAGUAUGAAAGGGCAAAUUGUUGUCAGAGCCAAAGGCCAUGAUAAAUGUCCUAGUCAUAGGGACAACCAAGUUGUAUUUCUGUGUCAGGACUGUAACAUCCUGAUUUGUCCCAGCUGUUCCAUCACGACACACAAGGCACACUUUGACAGUUUCAUCGAAAUUUCAAAAACUACCCAACAAAACAAAAACAGAAUUAGGGACUUUAUCAAUUCGACAGAGAAUUUGGACAUUCCGAAACUCAAAGAAGAAAUUAAGACAGCAAAAGAACAUCAUUCAACGUAUAAACCCAAAUACAAAAACAUUCGUGACACGAUAAAGGAAUAUCGAGAUAUCGCCCGAAAGGUGAUAGACGAGAUAACUGAAAAUCACUUGGCUUUUUGUGACGAGAUGGAGUUGGUGGACACAGAACUACUUCAGACACACAUCACAAACCUUGAGAGGAGACUGGACAAUUUGGUUACACUCUCACUGGAGUGUAAAGAGACCCUCCAAAGAGGCAAUGGUGUACUAGUGUACGACUCGGCAACAGAAAUCCAGAAUACAGACUUGGAAAUCCCCCAGAGACCAAACAUACGUACAGAGUUUACUCCAUGUAAGGACAGACGAAAUCACCUGAAGGAGGCCAUGGGGGUGAUUCAGGCUCGUACUGACCAUCAGGCAGCAUCAGCAGCUGGUGGUCCCUCCAACCAAGGUCCAUUAGUACGUAAUAAACAGUCUUCCGAGAUGGAUCAAUUGUCCACUGGAACAGUCCAGUACAAACUUUGUGACAGACCAACUGUUGUUUCCGUGUUCUCAUACAGGGCUGGUAACCCAUUAAUCUGCCCCACACCUGUUGGACGUGCCUGGUUGUGUGAUUAUAACACCAGUACACUAAACCUCAUUAACAACAAAGGGGAAGUCCUACAGGAGAUACAACACAACAAUAACAUCACAGACAUCAGUCUGGACCCCAUCACAGGUUGUCUGUGGUUCUGUUGUUUCGAGGAGAGGACUGUCAAUGAAGUAUCAACAUCAUCUACACCUGUCAGAAGAUUUACUACACAGUAUUACCCACACAAACUGUCUGUGACCAGUGAGGGACGGGUUGUGGUGGGUACAGGGGGAAGACAGGGGUACAAGGUAGUGAUAUACACAACAGGUGGUCAGGUGUUACAUACAGUCAUUGUAGAGAGGUCAGAGUUGGGUGGGGUACUAUCCAUCACACAGUGUCCUGUUACAGGUAACAUAGCUAUAGUAAGUAAGAAACUAAUCGAUGGAGAAUACAGUGAUCCAAACAACUUCAGGCGUCACGUCAUUGUGUAUAACCCAACACUCCAGCCUCUGAUCCACUACCGUGGGGAGGGGAUACAGGCACGGGAGGCGGUCACACCUGACAAGUUUGGUCCGAUCAGAGUGGUAUACGACAGUAAGGGUAAUAUUGUUAUUUCUGACUGGAAACGGAAAACAAUAGAACUAAUAACUGGAGAUGGGAAGUACAUAAAAACACUCCACACAAACAAAGGACAACAAGGAGAAGUAGGUAUACAGAGUGAUGAUGUGUUGUGGUCCCACUUAGAGUUAGAUACUGGAAAGUGGGGACUCAAACUCCUCGAGUAUUAUAGUGACCGAGGGAGUAGAACUUGGGUGAUGAGUCAGUUUAAAUCGAUGGACUUCAUUGAAUUAGUAUAAACUUUACAGUUUGAUAUGAUCAUUGUCUGUCAUAUUCUAAAGAUGGAAUACCACUUUGUAUACAAUUGUU